AUGCGCUUCUUUUUACUCAGCCUUCUUCUCUUCUUCCUUUCUUCAGCACAGGCGCAAUGGAGUAGGUGUGAUAAGUAUUGGAAUCUCAAGCCCGGGGAUGUCGGUCGCAAGUGGACAGUCAAGACUGACUGCCACCCUCUCGCCGGCUAUCCCAAGCAGUUUGGGGACACAAAGAUUAUUGUGACCUACACUCGGAAGUGGAGCCAGCUAUCUACCAAGACCAAGAAUGCCGUCAAACCAGUUCUUGAAAAGUCCCUCGCAGAGACUUUCGAAACAUACAACAAGUUCGCAAAGCUUCCAGCGGUAAUCGUCAUUAUUCUGACCACUGCCGUCGACGGCCCCACUACAGCAGCGACGAGCAAUCCGUACGAGAAAAAGUCACCCUUCCAAAUCCAGAUGUAUCAGCGGUGGACGACAGAGGCGACUACUAACGUUCCUCGAGCCUUAUUUGCAGUGGCACACGAGUUGUACCAUUGCGUGCAAGACAUGAAGAUGGGAAAUGCUCGCGAUCCUGAGUAUAUUCGGGACGGAACCGCAAACUAUUUCGCUAAUGUCGUCUUUCCGACUUCCAACACUGAAUGGCCUGGGAAGAAGUUCAGUGGCGCUGAAUACGACCCUGCUGUACCUCUAUACGCGCAUGAUGGACUAGCUGCUUAUGCAGCGAGUGUAUUUUUCCAGUCCAUGGGGAAUCACCGGAACCUACACUCUAUGAACGACUGGGUUUUGGGGACGCCCGUAGGAUUCUCCGGCGCUGCGGAGAGGCAGCGCCUCUCGGAACUGGGUAGCUUCGUCGAUACAUUCUUCACUUUCGCUCAGGAGUUCGCUCUCCAGGCUAUUGAGGAUACGAGCGGAGUCAUGAUUCCGACCAUACCGGAGAUCCCUCCUAAGCCCGUUUCAAUCAAGAUGAGCGCCGGGGCCGCGAGCACUACUGGCACUGCAACACUUACAACUAUCCCAUUCACCAUUUCUGUCUUCAAGAUCACCGUCAAGACCGGUCAGACCGUCAGCAUCUACUCAUCUGCCAACAGCUAUCAGAGGGUAGCAUAUCGGAAAUCCGGCGUCAAAGACUGGGUCGACAUGCCAACUGAUGCGACGUCAGGGAAACCUCAUGACCUCCCAUGCAAGAAAGGGGACACUCCAGUUACCUUCAUCGUUUUGUUCAUAUCCUCCAAAAAUGUCAAGACUGACCAGGUGAAGAUCACCGUCAAGUAUAGCCGACCCAAGCAGUGUGGCGGGAGGACUGGAUUUGUCCAUUACCCGCUCUUCAACCCGAAAACAAGCGGUGGGUACUGUCCCGAAGGCACACACAUCUCCAGAACGGCAAUUUGGUGCUGUCCUGAUGGAUUGGAACUGGACGAGGAGGUGGCUAGUCAAGUGAGCAUCUGCUGCCCUCCAGGUAAAUCGCGACUCUUCAAUAUCUUGGGCAUGGGGCUAAUUUCAGCAGGGGUUAACUGCCACGACGAAAUUAUUCCUGGCAACAUCAGCUUUGCUGAUAAAGAUCCCCGCAUGGUGGAGUUCUACAACGCGGGCUGA